AUGCCCACAGUUUUGAUUGUUGGAGCUGGUCUUGUUGGAUCUUUGAAUGCGGUUUUCUUUGCCCGCAGGGGAUGGGAUGUGAAUAUCUUCGAACAGAGAGAUGACAUUCGGACCAUGGAACAUGUCCCUGGUCGUUCCAUCAACCUCGCCCUUUCUUGUCGCGGGAAAGAAGCAUUGGAAGCUGUUGGUUUAAAGGAUUAUAUCACUGAUCGGGGGGUUCAGAUGCAUGCUAGAUUAAUCCAUAGUAAGGAUGGGAAGCGGUUUGAAAGACAGCCUUAUGGACAACCUGGAGAGGUAUAUUCGUGCUCAGAUUACAGUAAUAUAAUUACUUUAGCAUAUUGUAUCAAUAAACAGAAGACAUCUCAAUGAAGUUAUGAUCACGGAAGCUGAGAAGUAUGAUAAUGUUGAGUUCCUUUUCAAUCACAAAGUUUGCAAAGUAGACCUGCGGAAGAAGGUAGUAGUUGUUGUAAAGGAUGGGGAGGAGAAAUUCUUCUCCGGAGAUGUUGUUUUAGCCUGUGAUGGGGCCUAUUCUGCAGUCAGGAGGAGUCUCAUGGCAUAUCCAAGGUUCGAUUUCUCUCAGGUACGAAAUCAUGCUUCACUUCCACUUCAGAUUUCUCAAACGGAACGAUUUUAGGAGUACAUUGAGCACGGAUAUGUCGAAUUAAACAUUUUACCCAAAAACGAUGGCUUUGCUAUGGAACCAAAUGUUUUCCAUUUAUGGCCCCGAGGGGAUUUUACGUUGAUUGCGUUGGCCAACACCGACUGUACUUUCACUGUCACCCUCUUUGCUCCGUUUGAUCUGUUUGAAAAAGAAUUAUUUGACACGGAGGAAAGGAGGAUCCAAUUCUUUCAGGACAAUUUCCCUGAUGCUCUAAGCUUGAUGUCAAAAGAUCACGUGAAUCAAGUAAGCCUUUGGGUUAUCUGGUAACGGCUUUAUAGGUGUUUAACAGAGUUGGAAAUGCCUCGGCGCUGGUUUCGAUUAAAUGUAAACCCUUUACUUUCGAGGAUUUUGUGAUCUUAAUGGGUGAUGCUGCUCACGCCAUGGUCCCAUUCUAUGGCCAAGGAAUGAAUUGUGUAAGUAGGUUGAUUCGACAUUCCUUUUAGAUUUCUAUUUCUUUAAUUUUAGGGGUUUGAAGACUGUCUAAUUCUACAUGAGAUCAUAAACGAAGAGAACGGUGACUUGGGUAGGAAUAAAUUAAAUUUCUUUUUGGCAAUUUUAUUCCUUAUUACGCUAAUAUUACUUCAGUCAAGGCAGCGAGGACAUAUUCAGAGCGUCGCUGGAAUGACGCCCAUACGAUCAAUGACCUCGCCAUGUACAAUUACAACGAACUCAAGCAUUUGGUUAACACUAGAGGUUACAAGCUCAGAAAAAAGUUGGAUCUCUGUUUGAAUAAGUAUCUCGGUCAAAGAUGGACUCCCCUUUAUUCUAUGGUAACCUUUACACGAACUCCUUAUCAUAAAGUGGUUGAAAACAGGAAAAGACAAGAUCAGGUACGGGGAUUUCACAUAUCCGAUAAAAACUGAUUUAGAUCCUUAAAUGGACAACAUAUGGGAUCGCGGGAGGUAUUCUGGUCGGAGGAACGGCGUUUCUGGUACAUAAAUACUUUAUAGAUUAG